GACCCGUACGAGAUCCUGGGCGUGAGCGACUCGGCGUCCUCGCGCCAGAUCAAGAAGGCCUUCCGGGCGCUGGGCAGGCAGCUGCACCCCGACAAGAACCUGCACAACCCGCGGGCUGCCGCGCAGUUCGCGCGCGUGACCAAGGCGUACGAGGCGCUCACGGACCCUCAGAGCAUGGAGAACUACCGCAAGUUCGGC